AUCUCUAUCACUCUGGUAGAAGCAAAGCAUUUGCCGAAGAUGGAUCUGCACACAAAAUGCGAUCCCUUCGUGAUCGUGAAGCUUGGGGAUACUUCAAAGAAGUCAAAAGUGAUCAAGAAGACCUACAACCCUAAGUGGGAUCAGUCAUUU